UGCCGUGGCCACCAGGCAGCGGGUGGAGAGACGGCACUUUCCCACGGACAGAAUCACCAUCGCCACUACAUUCACUGGGAAACAACAGAAAGAGCGAGUGAAUUACUGUCUGUCCGCUCCGUGGGUCUCGGGGCAGGGAGAUGCUUGAAAUGGAGAGCGGCUUAUUCCCGGAGGUUUAAAACGCGGAAGGCGGGGAUAGCCGCCGCCUCAAAGGUGCCCAUGCCGGGAGAAACGUUAUGGUCCGGGGUGCUGCACGGAGAGCAGGGUUCGGGAAGGAGGCCGAGAACACUUUGGAAGAUCGAUGUAAAUCUCCGUCCAUCAGGUUUCUGAUUGAUAUGCAAAGCCAGGAAAGCCUCGGCAACUUUCUCAGCGACAGUGAUCCCCGCGAUCCCGUCACGUAUGUUCACACUGUUCGGUCCCGCUCAGCCCCGCUGUCUGCGACUUUGUCCAUGGACACUUUCCAAAUCUCGUUGCACAUUUACUUCCCCCGUUCGCAGGCAUUGAUCUCCUCCUCGGCUUCCACACACACGGGCCCGGCUCGGCUCGCUUAUUUUAAAUUUCGCAACCACUCUUCGCCGCGGCUCCUUCACACUCUGUCAGGGGAUCGGAUUAGAAAGUUCCCACGUUCGUUUUAUUUAAUAUUUUCCCCGACCUGCUCCACAUUACUGCGGCGUUAUUCUAAAUGCUCCGGUGCUCAUUGUUCCGGAGCAGAGUGUCGCUUGUAACUUACCCCGUCUGAUCCCGCUGUGUCGGCUCUGAACUUCAUUGAUAUUAGGGCGUGGAAGCAAACCCUGGUAAACUAAAGCACACAGAGACCCUUAUUUAAACUUUGUAAACUCCCGGUGGUUCGGGAUCUAACACAAAAAUGGGGUUUCGCUUCCCGCGUUCCUUUCAAAUUUCCAGCAUUUUUUUCAAACACAGCCCCAAUACGUUUAAAUGUGACUUUAAAGCACGUUGCACUGUUGAUGCGGAAAACACCAAGUAGCCCGUAACGGUGCUGAGCGCACUGGAUUAUCGGAAUUUACUUUGAUAAAUCAAAACAGUCUGCCAUGAAUCCACAAAUUGAAUCGAUCUCUUCAAUCUGCCACUCUCCAUCUUUAUUUUCAGUCGAGGUCUCGGAUUAAACUGCAAGAUAACUUCUGAACGAACACAGUCUUGUCACAAUGUCUUCACCGUGCUCACUGAUACACCGGCAUCACAACGCUGUCGGUAACUGAUCGAGUCUAAACACCGCGCACACAGAACUGCAAAUCAUUGUUCGCCUUACCAGGAACACCAAUAGCAAUGUGACAAUCCAGGAUGUCAGUGAAUCUUGUGAAACUCUCAAGCUCUUCCCUCGGUUUCACGAUUGCUAAUGGUAAACCAGCUCCCAUCAGGUUUCGCACCAGUAUGAAGCAAAGUAGUUUAAUCACCUGUGGUGAACUACAUAUACCUGUCUGGACACGCCCCCUGCUGACUGCUCCUGUGGCUCCUCCCACAGACCCCGGUAUAAAGGCGAUCAAGGCCUGAGCCCAGCCUCUCAGUCUCCAGGAUGUAGUAUGGUGGUCACUCACUGCUUGUUCCUUCUUCCAGUCAAUAAAAGCCGAUAUCUCACCUUACGUCUCAGAGUGAGUUGUUGAUGGUGCAUCAAUUUUAUUGACUGGAAGUUUUAAAACAUGGAAACCGUUUUACGUCCGGAAAGAUUGGAUUUGGACCCUCAAGACACUGAAGCAGCUCUUGCGUUUGAACUCUGGCUUGCAUGCUUCCAAUCAUACUUGGAGGAGGUUCGUGCAACUGAACCCGCUGUUAUGCACAGAAUUCUCCUCUUGAGGUUCACCCCAAAAGUUUAUUCAUUUAUCAGAGACCUGCCGACCUAUGAAGGGGCACCGGACGCCCUCAAAAGACAGUACCUGCGGCCGGUGAACACCGUCUACGCAAGACAUCGUUUAGCUACCCGGCGACAGCGGCCUGGAGAAUCGAUCGCCGAGUUUCUCCGAGCACUGCAGACACUCGUCCGAACUUGUGACUGCAAGACACUCACGGCAGAACAGCAUGCGGAGCUGCUAGUACGAGACGCCUUUGUGACAGGACUGAGGUCAGUGUACGUGCGUCAGAGGUUGCUGGAAAAAGCCGACCUUACCUUACGCUCGGCGAUUGAGACGGCCGACACUGUCCAGCCGCGCGAUUCCCCACCGGUUCCGUGGACACCUCAGACCCCGCCGCCGCUGGUUCCCGCGAGCGAAUUCGCCAACGCCGCUGCCAGUCGCGAUUCCACGAGCUCCCCGAACCCGACCACGGCUGCGGCCCGUCAAAAGACAGUGCUGUGUUAUUUCUGUGGAGUCGGAAAACAUCCCCGAAGACGCUGCCCGGCGCGAGAAGCGACCUGCUCCAGCUGCGGAAAGCGGGGCCAUUUCGCCAAGGUCUGUAAGUCUAAACUCCGAGCGGAGUACAGCGGUACGGGUGAGACAUGGGGGCCGCCAUCUUGCAUACCGGAUGUGGGCGGCCAUCUUUGUCGGCGUCAGCACGCCCCGCCCCCGACCCGCCGGUGUUUACCGGCCACCAAGACGGCUCAACUCUGGCCACUGUAACCCUCGACCAAAGCGCCCCACACCAGCUUGCAAGGACAAUGAUGGACAUCCGGGUGGAGGGGCACAGGACUAGAUGCCUGUUUGACACGGGCAGCACUGAGAGUUUUAUUGACCCGGACACAAUGCAACGUUGUGGACUCGUGAUACGGCCGAGGGAAAUGGACCGGAUAGUGGACCAGUACCAACUGAAGGCCACAUUUCCCUAUCUGGAUAACAUCACCAUCUGUGGUCGCGACUGGCCGGAUCACAACACCAACCUCCAACGAUUUCUCCAAGUGGCCGCAGCUCUGAACCUUACUUAUAACAGGGACAAGUGUGUGUUCGGAACCAGCCGCCUCGCUAUCCUUGCGUAUGUCGUGGAAAACGGGGUCAUUGGCCCUGAUCCCGACCGUAUGCGCCCCCUGUUAGAACUCCCUCUUCCCACCACUCUCAAAGCCCUCAGACGGUGCCUGGGUUUUUUUUUCCCUAUUACGCCCAAUGGGUCCCCCAUUACGCAGACAAGGCCCGCCCCCUGGUCAAGUCUACCACUUUUCCCCUCUCUGCUGAGGCCUGCACGGCCUUCAGCUGCAUUAAAGGGGACAUCGCCAAAGCUAUGAUGCAUGCGGUGGACGAGACCAUUCCCUUCCAAGUAGAGUGUGACGCCUCCGAUUUCGCUCUGGCUGCUACCCUCAAUCAGGAAAGCAGGCCAGUAGCAUUCUUUUCUCGUACCCUUCAAGGCUCUGAAAUUCGGCACUCCGUGGUGGAGAAAGAAGCCCAGGCCAUAGUGGAGGCUAUUAGGCACUGAGGUACUAUCUCGCUGGCAAAAGGUUCACCUUGCUGACCGACCAGCGCUCGGCUGGGUUCAUGUUCAGCAACCAACAGCAGGGCAAAAUCAAAAAUGAUAAGAUUUUGCGGUGGAGAAUAGAACUCUCCACCUACAACUAUGAUAUUCUAUACCGGCCUGGCAGAUUCAAUGAGCCCCCUGAUGCCCUAUCCCAGUGAUCGUGUGCUAGCACACAGCUCGACCAGCUAUACGCCCUUCAUGCACAACUUUGCCAUCCAGGGGUCACCCAAUUUUACCAUUUCGUGAAAGCCCGGAACCUGCUGUACUCCCUGGAGGACAUCAGGACGAUGACCAGGGACUGCCAAAUCUGCGCUGAGUGCAAACUGCACUUCUACCGUCCUGACACGGUGCAACUUGUCAAGGCCACCCGCCCUUUUGAGUGACUGAGUGUCGACUUUAAGGGCCCCAUUCCCUCCAUCGAUCACUAUGUCUAUUUUCUCAAUAUUAUCGACGAGUACUCGUGGUUCCCCUUUGCUAUUCCCUGCCCCGACACCACUACCACGUCCGUCAUAAAAGCCCUGUGCCAGCUCUUCACUCUGUUCGGAUAUCCCUGCUAUAACCACAGUGAUAGAGGGUCCUCCUUUAUGAGUGAUGAGAGCUGCGCCAGUACCUGCUAGCUAGCGGCAUUGCUACUAGUCGGACCACGAGUUUUAAUCCCCGGGGAAAUGGACAGGUGGAGAGGGAGAAUGCCACAGUGUGGAAAGCCACACUUUUAGCCCUUAAGUCAAAAGGGUUGCCGGUCUCUCGAUGGCAGGAGGUCCUCCCUGAGGCACUCCGCUCUAUCCACUCUCUGUUAUGUACGUCCACCAAUGCCACCCCUCACGAACGCCUAUUCUCUUUUCCCAGGAAGUCUGUCACUGGGACCACCCUACCAGUUUGGUUGACGUCCCCAGGGCCAGUGCUGCUCCGGAAACAUGUGAGGAGUAAUAAAUACUCCCUGCUGGUCGAGAGGGUUCACCUUCUACAUGCAAACCCCCAGUAUGCCUACGUGGUCUUACCUGAUGGGCAGGAGGAAACGGUCUCCGUCCGCGACCUGGCGCCCACAGGUGUAGCAGACCACUACCCUGAACACUCUCCGGUAACUAUGAACCCUGUACCCGAGGUGACACCACGCACACCAAGCCCUACACAGACUCCUCACGACACUCAUAUACCAGGCGUUUCGUACACAUAUAUACCAGGCACAUGUGUGAGGGAUCACUGACGCCUAGUGGGCUGGAACCAGCACAACCUCCGUCUCCUGUGCAAUCACCACCGCCGGCAUCUGUGCACUCACAGCCGGUGCUACGUAGAUUGCAGCGACAGAUUCGACCACCUGAUAGACUUAACCUGUAAGAAACUUCGCCACAUGGGGACUGUUUUAAAACAAAGGGGGUGUGAAUGUGGUGAACUACAUAUACCUGUCUGGACACGCCCCCUGCUGACUGCUCCUGUGGCUCCUCCCACAGACCGUGGUAUAAAGGCGAUCAAGGCCUGAGCCCAGCCUCUCAGUCUCCAGGAUGUAGUAUGGU